CGAAGAGGCUGCGCGAGCCGCCGAGCCGAAGAUCAGAGACGGGUUGAUCCUAGCGAUGCAUAGAAGAUACUUCACUCUCAAGUCUCCCAUUAAAACCGGAUGGCGGGAAAUACGGUAUCUCGCGCGAGCAUUCAUAUCCAUAAUCCAACUAGGGUUUCGAAUUCUCCCCUAAACCCCCUUCAAUUUGAGGGUUAGAGUUACAAAUCCCUAAAGUUAUUACAGGAAUGGGUAACAAAGUACCUGAAGAACUUGUUUCUACGGUCCGGUCCAUCGUCGGCGAUGAGUACACCGAGAUGGAUAUAAUUCGAGCUCUUCAUAUGGCAAAUAACGAUGCAACGGCCGCAAUUAACAUCAUUUUUGACACCCCGGGUUUCAAAAAGUUAGAAUUUAGGAAAACCUCUAAGGUACCCAAUCUUAAUUCGAGCUCAGGGACACAAAGUCUAGGUUCAACUACAAGGAGAAGUAGUAGUGAGGAUAAGAAAUGCGAGCGUAGUACGAUUUCAGAUAAUGGUUCACAGCAGAAGACUGAGAACCGGGAGAGUAAUAAUGGGUGCAGAAGCGAUGCUGAUGGGUGUGAGAUGGAGAGUGAGUGGUGGUUUGUGGGUACUAGUGAGGUUUCCGGCCUGUCAACCUGCAAAGGGAGAAGUUUGAAGCCCGGAGAUGAAGUAUAUUUCACUUUUCCUGCUGAGAAGAAAUUGAAUUCACCAUCCUUGGGGAAAUUUGGCCGAGGUCGACACGUGGUUGCUUGCUCUGAAAUUGUGCGGUUCUCUUCAAAGGCACUUGGAGAGAUUGGAAGAAUUCCAAACGAAUGGGCUCGAUGUCUCUUGCCACUUGUGAGGGAAAAGAAGGCUAGGGUUGAGGGAUAUUGUAAAUCUGCUCCUAACAUAUUGGGGAUUAUGGACACAAUAGAUUUGUCCGUCAGUGUGUAUAUCAACAGUUCCAUGUUCCGUAAAAGCCAUAAGACCCUCCUCAAGGUGGCUACCAACAAUUCCACAGAUGAAUCAAUUGUUUAUCCCCUUCCAACAUUGUUUCGAUUGCUACGGCUUACUCCUUUCCAGAAGGCAGAGUUUACUCCAGGCGAUCUGUACAUGAGGAAGCGUCGUUUGACUGAAGAGAACAGUUCUGGCAUUCAUACCCCAUCAUUGCAUGCUAAUAAAUUCAAAAAAUUGGUCACAAAUGAAGGUGAAGCUGAAGGUGAUGAGUCAAUCUCUGAUACUGAUCUGGAAAAUAUAGUAGGUUUUGCUGACAACUCCAAGUUAGAGGAAAUGGAACCUCCUAGUACACUUCAGUGUGAACUUCGUUCUUAUCAGAAGCAGGCUCUUCACUGGAUGACUCAACUUGAGCAGGUUCACAGUGUGAAUGAUGCAAAAACAACUUUGCAUCCGUGUUGGGAAGCAUAUCGCCUUGCAGACAAGAGAGAUCUAGUGAUCUACUUGAAUGCAUUUUCUGGGGAUGCAACAACGGAAUUUCCAAGCACCCUUCAAAUGGCCAGGGGUGGAAUUUUGGCAGAUUCCAUGGGGCUUGGAAAGACUAUUAUGACUAUAGCUCUCCUUCUAAGUUGUACUGAAAGAGGUGGAUCACCAGGAAGCCAGUCAACAAGCCUGCCUUCCCAUGAAAAUGGUGAUACAAGUGAUAUCUCAGAUCAAUCUCCAACUCCUUCAAAGAAAGCAGCAAGAUUUCCUGGUCUUGAGAAGUUUUUGAAACAAAAACCAACGCUAAAAUCUGGUGGCAAUCUGAUUGUAUGCCCUAUGACACUUUUAGGCCAGUGGAAGGCAGAGAUUGAAAUGCAUGCAUGCCCAGGCACUUUAAGUCUUUAUCUUCAUUAUGGACAAAGUAGAUCAAAGGAUCCAAAGUUUAUUGCUCAAAGCGAUGUUGUACUAACAACAUAUGGAGUUUUGGCAUCAGAAUUUUCUAGUGAGAAUGCUGAGGAGAAUGGGGGGCUUUUCUCAGUUAGAUGGUUUAGAGUUGUGCUUGAUGAGGCUCAUACCAUAAAAUCUUCUAAAAGCCAAAUUUCUAUAGCUGCAUCUGCUCUUAUUGCUGAGCGUCGGUGGUGUCUUACCGGUACACCCAUCCAGAACAACAUUGAGGAUGUUUACAGCCUCCUAAGAUUUUUGAGGAUUGAACCAUGGGGAAGCUGGGCAUGGUGGAAUGAACUUGUUCAGAAACCCUUUGAGGAGGGAGAUGAGAGAGGAUUGAGGUUGGUUCAAUCAAUUCUUAGACCUAUAAUGUUAAGAAGAACAAAGUCUAGCACUGAUCGAGAAGGCAGGCCAAUUUUAGUUCUUCCACCGGCAGACAUUCAAGUAAUAUACUGUGAACUCACUGAAGCAGAAAAGGACUUCUAUGAGGCCUUGUUCAAACGAUCAAAGGUGAAGUUCGAUCAGUUUGUUGAGCAGGGGCGGGUUCUCCAUAAUUAUGCUUCUAUUUUAGAGUUGCUUUUACGACUUCGCCAAUGCUGUGAUCAUCCAUUUCUUGUGUUGAGUCGAGGUGAUACUCAAGAAUUCUCAGAUCUGAAUAAGCUUGCUAAACGUUUCCUUAAGGGUGGUCAGAAGACUGGGGAAAACCAUGUUGAAGAUGUUCCCACUCGUGCUUAUAUUCAAGAGGUUGUGGAAGAGUUGCGGAAGGGAGAACAAGGAGAGUGCCCAAUAUGUCUGGAAGCUUGUGAAGAUGCUGUGUUGACUCCAUGUGCCCAUCGGUUAUGUCGAGAGUGCCUCUUAGCAAGUUGGAGAAGUCCUGCAUCUGGUUUUUGUCCUGUUUGUAGAAAGACUGUCAGCAAGCAAGAACUGAUCACAGCACCAACAGAUAGCCGUUUCCAGAUAGAUGUUGAAAAGAAUUGGGUGGAAUCAUCGAAAGUUACUGCAUUGUUGCAUGAACUAGAACAACUACGUGCUGUAAACUCCAAAAGCAUUGUUUUUAGUCAGUGGACUGCCUUUUUGGACCUCUUGCAAAUUGCUCUUGCUCGGAAUGAUAUCCCUUUUCUUCGCCUUGAUGGGACUCUAAACCAGCAACAGCGUGAGAAAGUAAUAAAAAGAUUUUCAGAAGAAGAUAGUGUUUUGGUGUUGCUAAUGUCAUUGAAGGCUGGUGGUGUCGGAAUAAACCUUACGGCAGCAUCCAAUGCUUUUGUCUUGGAUCCAUGGUGGAAUCCGGCUGUGGAGGAACAAGCUGUGAUGCGUGUCCAUCGUAUUGGACAAACAAAAAGAGUUGCAAUCAAACGGUUCAUUGUGAAGGGAACAGUUGAGGAGAGAAUGGAGGCAGUGCAAGCCAGGAAACAGCGUAUGAUUUCUGGUGCCCUAACAGACCAAGAAGUGCGAACAGCACGAAUUGAGGAACUUAAGAUGCUUUUCACAUAGAAUGUAGAGGGAGAGAUGUUGUGCUUCUUCUACUUCGUCAUGGUGCUUGGAUCUCUGAAGCUUUUCAUUUCAGAGUAAGAAAGAACCUCAACAACACAAAACAACUGAUCGUCUAGCUGUGUACUAAAUGUAUUCUAACUUUUCCUGAAGGAGGAAGCGGGGACGGUCGGAUUGGAGAUUUGGAGGUAGGACUGCUUGCAGAGUCAGGAGUACAUUAUUAUAGUGUUCUGUUGUAAUGAUCAACACAUUAGAGAUAGUUUUGAAGCCCCUCAUAACUGCUACACAAUAUUAUUUUAAUUAAUUUGUGUAAAAUUUUGCUAUCUAUUUGUGACAAAUUCAAACCGGCAGUUAAUUUCUAUUAGGGGAUGUUCGGCGGAAAAUAUUUUUCAAGGAACCUCAUAUGACUUUGAUUGUAUUAAGUAUAGUUUGGAGUUGAAAUUUACCCCGUAUCA